GGAAAUGUUUCUACCUUGAUACUAAAUCAAAGAAAAGCCAGCGCAGCAAAAAGUUGCAAGUCAAAGCUCCUGCCUUCCUUACGCAAGUAUUGACACCCACAAAUCAUAACCACCCGAGUUACAUACAGACAUUUUUCCGCUGCAGGUGUAGCCUUUGUAUUUGACCCGUUUACUGAAACCACUAUCACACUGGAAGGACAUCAGACAGUGAAGGAUGUUGUUGUGUCUGCUCUUGGUUCCUCUCUUUACAGCCUACGGUGCUCUGCUCUACGCCAACCCUGGCCACAAUGUGACUUUACCGUGUUUCUUUGGCAGCACCAACGUCAAAUAUCUGUCUUGGUACAAGCAGGCUGCAGGGGAGACUCCUCAAAUAAUAUCCACCUUUUACAAGCAUUCACGCAAGAGCAACAUCUUUGAAAACCCGUUUAAAGACGACAAAAGGUUUUCAUUUCAUCCUGGAGACUACCAUCUGAACAUUUCUAAUGUCCGGGACUCCGAUUCAGCCAUGUACUACUGUGGUCACACCGAAAUUACAUCCACUAAAUUUUAUAAUGGAACUUUUUUGGUUUUAAAAGAUUCUUGUCGUAGAUCUUUCCUCAAGCAGCCGACGAGCGAUUCUGUGAAGACAGGAGGUUCUGUAACUCUGAACUGCACGGUGCACACUGGAACCAGUGAUGGACAACUCAGUGUUUACUGGUUUAAAAAGGAUUCAACAAACUCACACUUGGGAAUCAUGUAUAUCCACAGAAACAGCAGCAACCAGUGUGUGAAGAGCUCCGAGGCCGAGUCUCCUGCACAGAGCUGUGUGUACAGUUUGUCCAAGAGGAACGUGAGCCUGACCGACGCCGGGACGUACUACUGUGCUCUGGCUUCAUGCGGAGAGAUUCUGUUUGGGAGAGGAACGGCACUGGAUGUUAAAGAGAAACAUGAUGACACUUUGUCUGCCUUGACGCUUUGCGUGGUUGCGGCUCUGCUCGUGUCCAUUAUCCUGAACAUCAUCCUCAUCGGCAUGCUCUGCAAAAUCUCCAGGGGAAAACAUCUUCAUUCUGGAGGGCUGCAGCCCCAGACAAGCGUCAGAGAAAACACCGCUGACAGUCAGCUCUCGGUCAGUAGGGAGCAGCAGUCCACCUGCAGUAGAUACCACACGCUCGACAAACAUGAGGUUUUCUACAGAAUCUACGGAUACCACAACUGUGACCGCCAGAUCGCUAUGAUCGGAAAGAUAAGUCGUUCAAGGCGAACGCAGCACAGAGAAACUGCUAAAGAGAGCCACGAUGCCUGUCAGUGA